AUGAAGUUGCCGAUUGCCGGCAAGCCAUCAGGUCUCGUCCGCCUGCUGGCUAGGGCGCGUCUUGACAGUUACCACGUCGAAGACCAAACGCGUGCAAAGCAACAUGGGCGAAUGGUGGUUGUUGCCGAGCAGUUUGAGAGUACUCCAGCCCGUUUCACCGCGGCUGCGACUCCCACCAUCCCGAGAUCAUCACGAAUGCGAAUGGCACUUCGCCCCGCGCGUCUCGGGAUAGUGGGAGCACUGCCGGAGCGAGAGCGAAUCGCUGCGUCAUUGUCUCAACAAAGGCCGUGCUGUUCUCGAGCGUUAAUGAGUUGGCAGAAACAGGAUGGGGCCUCGCGGGCGCGGUAG